AUGCUGGCCAAGUCGGGCAGGUCGUCAAAAGAUGGCGCUUCAUCCAAAGACACGAGCUCCGGCGCGAAUACGGGUUCCUUGGGGUCUCGGCAGCGAAGCAGCAUACCUAUGACUCCACGAUCUUUAGGAGGUGCCCAGGCCGAUUUCGCGAGACAGCUGGCUGAGCGAAACCAAGCUUUAAAUCCUCCAAAGAAGUUUAAAACAUCCGUACCAAAGGGUGUGAAACUGGGAGAAGGAUACGUCGACAGAUCGCAAGUUAGAGAGAGCGAAGAGGACGACCGAGAAGAGAGACUAAAGGCGCUGGAAAAGUCUUUCAAAGACGAAGAAAUUGACCAGGCAACAUACGAAAAGCUACGGUUUCAGAUCGCAGGCGGAGAUCUCUCAAGCACUCAUCUAGUCAAGGGGCUUGAUUUUAAACUCCUCGAAAGAAUACGCAAAGGAGAGGAUGUCUACGGAAACAAGGGAGCAGAGAAGGAUAGCGCCGAAGAAGCACCCAUAGAGGACGACGUGGAUGACGAAUUCGAUCGACUUGAAGAACAAGACGUACAAGCCAUUACGAAGGAAAAAGCGGAAAAGAAGAAGGGCACUCUUUCAACAGUGUCUCUGGCGCCUGGGAAAAAGAGAACACGCGAUCAGAUUUUAGCAGAGCUAAAGGCAGCCCGAUUAGCAGCCCAGCAGCAGCAAGAAUCAGCCCUGGGAGACCGGUUCAAAAAGAUUGGGGCAAAACAGAAACCAGGAACACGGAUCGAAAGAGAUAGUAAGGGCAGGGAAGUUUUGAUCAUUGUGGACGAAGAUGGGCAUGAGAAAAGGAAAGUCCGAAAGGUACAGCCUGAAGAGGAGGAUACGCGGAACGGUCUUCUCAUGCCAGAUAAGAACGCCAAGCCAUUGGGGAUGGAGGUUCCUGAGCAAUAUCGGAAGAAAGAGGAACCAGAGGAAGAUGACGUCGAUGUCGAUAUUUUUGAGGAUGCUGGCGAUGAUUACGAUCCACUAGCCGGAAUGGGGGAAUCAGACUCUGAGUCGGACGAAGAGGAGAAGCGCAGCAGCGGUAACCAGGAGGCUGUCAAGGAGGCAGACGCCAACAAGGCCAUGCCGCCUCCACCAAAGCCAUCCGUUUCACAACCAGAACGACGCAAUUACUUCAAGGACUCAAGAACGGCACUCAUAUCCGAGGAGGCAAGCAGAGGGCCCUCCAUGUCUGAUCCGGCCAUAUUGGCAGCCAUCAAGAAAGCAGCAUCUCUCAGGCCCAUUGAGCAAGAUGCCGAAGAUGACAAAGCAAAGGAGGAAGCCAAGGCACUGGAAGAACGGCGAAAGAAGCUUCUUCAGAUGCAGAGCCGGGAUGAUGAUGAUAUCGAUAUGGGCUUCGGCACCAGCAGGUUUGAAGAUGAAGAAGACUUUGAGGAUAAGAAAGUGAAGCUUUCGAGGUGGGGCGAAGACGCCGGGGAGGAAGGGUCCAGUAGGGGCGACAAGUCAAAGCGGAAGAGAGGGCCAAAGAAACGAAAGGGUGAUGUCAACAGCGCAGCUGAUGUGAUGCGGGUCGUCGAGCAGCGCAAGAAGCCAGAGUAA